CCUCCGGGCUCCGGCUCCUAAUCAAUCUCGCAAGACUCACCCAUGACCAGCGACCGGUGCACGGAGCUCGCGGCCGCGAUGGCUGAUGCAGCGGGCAUAACCUCUUCUUCCGGGUGGGACUUCACCUGUGAUUAUGAAGUUGAUUGUGGAUCCGAGGAACAUGCCUACAUUGUCUACAAAACACUAGCUGUUGACAAUGAGUUGCAGCCCGAUAAGGUCAGGAGGGAGAUGGCUGUGUCUGGUGGCAAGCUUCUCGUGCACUUUGAAGCAGUAGAAGCCCGGUUUCUGCGAGCAUCUUUCAGCGCGUUUGUCGAACUUAUGGUACUUGUGACGAAGCUCGUCGAAGAAUAUGGUGAUGUGAGGCAGGCCUGAUGAUGGCUGAUGGCGCAGCGCCUGUCUCUGCUGACGCUCUCUUCAUCGUCAAGGUAGAGGCUAUAUUGGACAACACAAGUAGCUGAUUCCUGAUGGACAAAUCUUGUACGGAGCACUAUGCAUCGUGCCAGCUGUGGUGUUCUAGAUUACAUUGUUUGCUCGAUCAACCACUGCACUUUUGGACGCUUUUGGAAAGCAGUACUACAAACAAAGACCCCAUAAGAAACGAUGUUUGGUUUGAGCCGGUAAUGCAGCAAGUAGUAAGAGAACAUCUAAGCUAACUAGGUAAAGGACUUUGAAGCAUUGAUUUCCUGAUGGAUGCGUUCUGAACUAAAUAUUGUACGGACUGUAGUAUGCAUGGUGCAAGCUGUGGUGUUUGCUCGAUCAACCACUGCACUUUUUGGUU